AUGUCAUCAGCGCAGUUGGUUCGGGUUCUUUCUUUGUUUGGAAGAAAUCCACUGCGUCGCAGUGUGCUGGGCUUUUCCCAGAAUGCUUCGGAGAUUCCAGCAACCUCGGAAGAACUAGCUUUAUGGAAGGUCGACAAGAAUAAUCCCUUCCUCGAAAUUCCUCAAGCAUGGGUCACAACGUUGGCAAGGAAAGAGGAAUCUCGGAUGGAUUUAAUCAGUUUACAUCCAGAUAUAUUCCGAACCAUGCCAAGAAUUGAUUUGCUGCACCGUAAUAUUACUUGGCAAGAGAAUUACCGAAAUUUAGCAAUCACGAAGCAACUAUCUAAGAAAGAAAUGCCAGGUGGUGGUCAUAAGCCAUGGCCGCAGAAGAAAACCGGUCGACACCAUGCCGGUUCGAUCAGAUCUCCCCAUUUUCGUUUGGGCGGUUUUGCAAAUGGAAUACGUGGGCCUAAGACAUGGUUUUAUGUUCUGCCAGAUGCGAUCAGAUUGGAAGGCUUGUGCAUAGCAGUAACGAUUAAACAUGCGCAAAAUGACUUGGUAAUUGUUGACAAUUUCGCUAGCUUGCCGAACGCUGAUGCCCAAUUUAUGCACGACCUCGCUGAUUCCAGAAAUUGGGGUUAUUCAAUAUUAUUUAUCAACGACAGUUCCGAAGUACCUGAGAAUAUGGCAAAGGUAUGCGAUGAAAUACCAACAUUUAACGUUAUGCCAGUCUAUGGAAUAAACUGUUUUAGUUUAGUGAAACACGAUACUGUGAUAUUUUCUCUAGCAGCUCUUCAGCUGUUUCAAUCGCGUAUACUUUUUCACAAGAAUCGCGCACAGACAUUGCAGAGAAAAUAUCGUUAUGUGGAUUACAAAAAGAUUAUCAUGAACGAAGCGGGAAAACUUGACCCAAUUCACGUGCCAUUUAUUUGA